AUGGCCGACCUCGCGCACGUAACAAAGUCGCUCGGAGACAUAGUCCUUACGGCGGGCGAAGGCGACGAACCGGUGCAGCUCUCCGCUGUGCUGGAUAGCUUCUCCGCCGCCCUCCUGACUUCGCGCGACCCCGUGAUGCGCGAGGCCUUCCUCGAAGCCGUGCUCGAUGUCCUCAAGCCCGUCGGCGACGCAGCGGACAAAGGGCGCUUGGCAGUGCUGCACGACGCCUCGCUGACCACCAUCCCCCCCUUCCUCCCCCUCAUUCCUGAGCAGCCGUUGGCGCGAGAGUUCCUCAACCUCCUAGCCCAGCACGGCGACGCGCGCGAAGUCGUGCUCGCCCUGAAUUUGGCGCUGGCCGAAAUCACGGAGCUGGCCGAUCCCUACGCCGUUAGUGAUGGGGAGAGCGACGACGACGACGAAAUCAACUGGGCGUCGGCGCAGCCACAGCUCGAAGCCAUGCUGGACAUGUACGCCGCCGCCGUCCCGCGCCUCACGGUGAAGCGGAGCACGCCGACCCUCUUGGCUAUGCAGGACGUGCUUGUGCCCCUCAUCAAAGCUGUUCCGGGCAGUGCGCCGCCGAGCAUUGCCGUCGACUUGUCCCGCUCCAUUCUUCUGCGCUCGUCCACGCUCGUCGACGCGGCGUGGAAGUGGCAAGCUGGGACAGAGGACAAGGGCGGCGAGCAGAAUGCCGUGCUAACCGACAUCCUGCACCACGCCGUCAUGGUGUUUGGGCCCAACGUGUGCGCGGAACUCACGCCGCGCCAGUUCCUCGUGGCGAACCCAAGGUUUGCGCUGCACGAAGAGGAGGGGUGGGAGGGCGGCCAAGCCGCGCUGGACGCGGCUGCGUCGUCGUGCGCCGCGCUUGGCAUCGACCGUGCGGGACUCGUCGAGCGGAUCAGGAGUAGCUCGGCUGUGCGCCCACAGUCCUCCAUCGCGUCCCUCCUCCUCCUCGCCUCCAAUCCCGGCACCGCGUUCCCCGCGAGCACACUGGAGGACGCCAUGCCCGUCAUCAACAUCUGCUUGAAUGGGAGUGCUGUUGAUGCUGGAACAGCGUUGUUGUGGGCGCUUGUGCGCGCUGGCGUCGUUGUCGAGUAUGACCAGGUCACAUUCUUGCUCGAGCACAUCAUGCCUCUAAUCCAGCUCCACCAGAGCCCGAACACGCGGCUGGCUCUCAGCAAAUUACUAGGCGCACUGAUUGCCGCCGUCAAGUCGCCACUGCAUCAAAUCAAGCUGUACGAACAGAUUCUCGAGCCCAUCAACCCCUUCGACAACAUCCGAGUACUCGCGCUCUCUCUACUGCGCGAAUCGCUCGCCACCACCCCAUCUCUCCUCUGCCCGGCCCUCACCCAGACCCUCACGCCCCUCCUCUACCGCCUCCCACAAGUGGAUUCGCCGCUGGAGCUGAGUCUGCCGAAAGUACUGGAAACGUUCUGGCCGGUCUGGCUCGCUGAGAGCGCCAACCUCGUGUGGUUCAUACUCAAGGUGGACGGGGAGAACAAGAGCGGGUUCGGGGACCUGACGCGCCUGACCGGCCUCCGGAACCUGUGGCUGGCGCCGGUGGCGGCCAAAGCGAAGAGCUGGGCAGCAGAGGCCGAGGGCGACGCGGAGAUGGUGCUGGGUAGGCUGGUGGAUGCGUGUGCGGCGGCUGAGGCUGCGAUUGUGAAGACUGCAUAGGCGAGGCGCAUUACGUAGGGUAUCGUAGUUGAGGGGUGCAUGCAUCAUGAGCGGCUUGAGCGAG